UCGGGCGCCGGGAUGAAGCCACGGUGGGCGAGCCUCUUGCUGCUGUGCUGCUGCUGCUGUCUGGGCCGCGGGGUCGCCCGGACCUGGCCGCGGAGCCACCAGCGGGAGGCGGCCGCCUUGCGGGAAAGUCUGAAUAGACAUCGAUAUUUGAACUCUUUCUCUCAUGAAAACGCCACUGCCUUCUAUGGAAUAAACCAGUUUUCUUAUUUGUUUCCUGAAGAGUUCAAAGCUCUGUAUUUAGGCAGCAAAGCUGCCUGGUCUCCCAGAUACCCAGCAGAAGGGCAGACACCCGUCCCCAAUGUGUCUUUGCCGUUGAAAUUUGACUGGAGGGACAAGCAUGUUGUAAACCAAGUGAGAAACCAGAAGAUGUGUGGAGGCUGCUGGGCCUUCAGCGUGGUGGGUGCGAUAGAGUCGGCUCGUGGGAUCCAAGGGAAACCUCAGGACGACCUCAGUGUGCAGCAGGUCAUCGACUGCUCCUUUAAUAACUAUGGCUGCAGUGGCGGCUCUCCUCUCAGUGCCCUGAGCUGGCUGAAUGAGACACAGGUGAAGUUGGUGGAAGAUUCAGAAUACCCCUUCAAGGCACAAAAUGGCCUGUGUCGCUAUUUUCCCCAAUCACAAGCUGGAGUUUCAAUCAAAGGCUUUUCUGCAUAUGACUUCAGUGACCAAGAAGAUGAAAUGGCAAAAGCACUUCUGAGCUUCGGCCCUUUGGUGGUGAUAGUUGAUGCAGUGAGCUGGCAGGAUUACCUGGGGGGCAUUAUCCAACAUCACUGCUCUAGUGGGGAGGCGAACCAUGCGGUUCUCAUCACAGGAUUUGAUAAAACCGGAAACACUCCAUACUGGAUGGUGAGAAAUUCAUGGGGCAGCUCCUGGGGAAUAGAAGGCUACGCCCAUGUGAAGAUGGGAGGAAAUGUCUGUGGCAUUGCAGACUCUGUCUCUGUUGUCUUUGUGUGAUCCUGUUGUGUUUUGGAGUCAUCAUGAGACAACUAAAAUCUGAUGCUCUUCAGAGUGUAAUUGAAUGUAGUGUUUAAUUCUCAGCAUUAUUCACGGUCGAGUUUCAGCAACUGCCUGUAGGAGGUUCUAAGGGCCAGCUAGCACUGUUAAGGCAAUGGUGGAUCAUUCCAGUCUUGCAGAGAGACGGACAACCAUCACUCUGGAAUCACCCCUCCCCACAGCACAGUGUGGAACUCAGAGAGCCUGGUGGGAUCAGAAGUCACAUCAGGCCCUCCAUCUGGAAGCAGUUGGGAUUUUUGCUGACAUUUUGUCGUUCUGGCUGCUUUGGUCAGGUUGGAUCAAAGAAACAAUCAGAAUUGGUUCUCCUUUGUGGCUUGUAAUCACCAGCCAUAGGUGACUUCAUCGACUGGAACUGUCAGCCCCGGAAGGUGUGUAUCUCCCAGUCACAGCUGCCUUCCUCGAGGGAGGGCUAUAUGUAUGGAGUUGAAAUAUUGAUUGUGUCACCUCAGCAAAUGGACCUUGCCUUAGACGGAAGAACAACUAUGCACAAAACAGCUUAUGCAAGUCCCUCCUCCAGACAGAGAACCCAGCUGAAUGAAACACAUGGCAACCAGGUGACAGGAAGUAUCCUAUGCUACUUCCUGUUAGUCAGAAUUUCUAGAGUGCUUCACUGCCAAGGAUCCAAUACAUUUCUCUUCUUGUUGUAGUAGAAAACAAGUAUUUUCCACAUUUUCCCAUCUCUCUGGUCCUUUAUUGUAUAAUUCCCAUGUGUUCCCGAUGGUUCACCUUCCAAGUCCAACAGAACUCGGUCCCAUUUUUGGCAUUCCAUUUUUACUACUCAAUCUCUUAUUUAAAAAAUUUCUGAUACAUGGUGGUCUCACUCACUUUGCUAUUUGUUCAUGUCCUUCCUUAACCAGCAGAAUCAAGAGCAAAACUCCUUUUUCUCUUUCCUGUUUCCAUGAGAAGCAAUCUCAAAAGAAUGUGCAGAGACUGGAGUGUGGAAAAAUAGCAGAGGACAGUUCUUAGUGUUUUUUAACAGAGUAGUCUAAUUAUUCAACGACUCCAGAAAGGGAUUGAGUUCAACUAUAGUUUUAUUACUGACUUUCAACAUGUUUUCAGUGGUUUUGUGAAACCCAGUUUCAAAUGUAAAAGUUUUAAAUUUUCAAAAUGAUUGUUACUGCUCACAUUCUGAAUUUUGAUAACAUUUGUAAUAAAACUACCUGUAUUUGAC